AUGUACAUACAGCGUAUACCCUUUCAACGAGUACAAGGGUACACCGUAUACCCUUUCAACGAUCGCCUCAGACAGAACCAGCUGGAGAAGAAGGCCAAGGCCAAAAAGCGUGCCGCCGCCCGGGUUAAAAGCGCAGCAGGGGCUUCUUCCACAGAUGGCAACGCCAGCAAGGUCCAGGCCAACGGCGCGAAGCGAGGUGGAUAUAACAGCAACAACGGAUCGUCUCGGCAGCAGCAAUCGGGCGCGACGUCGGGUGGAUAUAACAACAACAGCAACGGACCAUCAAGGAAGCAGCAACCUGGUGCGGCGGUGAAGAAGGUUCCUGCGGAAGGCCUGAAGUUGCCGCCGGCUGCCAUGAAGGCUCCUCCUCCGCCGCCCGCUACCGUGCAGGCUCCUCCUCCGGCACCACCGAGCCUAUGCGACGUCAACGAGUUUCCUUCGUUGAAGUAG